AUGAAUAAGCGCAUCACGGACAUGCUCUUCUUACCGUAUCCCGGCUCGCCGUUCACGGUGCAUGUUACAUACAAUUAUGGCCAAAAGCCAAAAAAUUUAAUACCCUUAACGCCUAUCUCUUCGAUAACAAUACCAUUUCCAACGCCAUCAACCACUCCAUCAUCACAAAAUGAUCAGCGUUUGCGUGCCGUUUUCAAUCGUGAACAGAUCGCAGCAUUAGAGGAAGCAUUUCGUAGAAAUAACUUCUUACCUAAAGAGCGCAGAUGCGAACUUGCAAGGCGCAUCGGGUUGGAAGAGAAGCAGGUGAAGGAUUGGUUUCAAAAUCGUAGAGUAAAAGCGAAGCGAAACCAGCAAAUUUUAACUCAUAACGAAGCAGGUACGGAGAAUGAAGUUGUUGAUCAAAAUUAUGCUGCGAAUUCGAUGGGAGAGCCAAGAAGAAUGAGGGAAGAAAAAGAAGACGUUAUAAAUCAAAUAGUCAUGUUUUUAGAAGGAAGCGCGGAUAUUAAUAUCAAUAGAAUUGCGAUGCCACCGUUGAAUGUGUUGUUGCCACAAAUGCCACGGACAAUACAAACGUGCUUGUGUACCGAUGAUUUGGACGAUCUGCUAGAUGUAUUGAAGAAAGAAACCAGAGAAACUUACAAGUCACAACAAACAAGUCCGAUAUCGCAGUUAAAGCGGCGUAAAACCGACGACCAUGAAGAUGUGCCACCACCGCCACAGAAGAAAAAGCGAUUAGAAAUUCCUGAUCAAAGCCGGUUUUAUCCUCAACAUUUACACUGA